CUGGAGCUACAUAGCUGUUCACCAGCACACACCGCCCACUGCUGCUGUUGUGCUCGCUGUCUUCCUCUUAUCCCUUGAGCGCAAGAUAGACUGGUCGAGCGUGGAAGAAUCGAACUUGUGGGGUAUGAGCUCUGCUGGAUUUGCUGGAGCUCCUGUGAGCAAGUCGUUGGCCAUCAUCACCGCCGUUUCCACCUUGGUUGUCCUCCAAAACAACAGCCAAGAUACAGCGGCGCUCAUCGGUGUUAGAGUUUUCGGAGACGAUGGCCAAUGGUGGCGGCUUCUCACCAGCAUGUUUCCACUGGGAAGCGUGUGGGAGCUGAUCCUGUGUCUCAAUAUUAUCCGAGUGUUCCGGAUCCUUGAGAGGCAUCUUGGAUCUGCGAAGUUUGGUUCCUUCCUGUUCCUGGCUGCGUUGUUGUCCAAGAGUAUAGAGCUGGCCCUGUGCGUGGAGUUCCCUGUUUUCCGGCCACCACUGGGUCCGCUUCCCAUCCUGAGUGCUGUCGGGGUAGCUUAUUACGGUUACAUACCAUCGACUGCACCAGCGUACUUGACCAUCGGGAACGUGCGCGUGACUGGCAAGUUCUUCGCAUACGCCGCGGUGCUGGUGCUGGCUUUCCACGACACGUACAACUCGGCAAUGUCUGCCGGGUGCGGUGUUGUGGUGGCGUUCCUUUACUGGUCAAAUCGUUCACCGCUCCAGAGCUUCCGGAUUCCGGGUCGUCAGUUAUUUGCGGUGAGAUGCGGAUAA